AUGCCAUCUAGUGACCAAAACAGAGUCUUAAUCGUCGGAGGAGGCCUUGGAGGCCUCGCUCUCUCUCAAGGUCUCAAACGCGCAAGCCCACCUGUACCAUUCCACGUCUUCGAACGCGACUCAUCCGCAGACUUCCGCCCCCAAGGCUAUCGUAUUCGCAUCAACCCCGACGGCGCAAGUGCACUUCAAAAACUGCUCCCAGACCAUCUCUGGAAAACCUAUGAAGAUACCUGCGCCGUAUUCAACCCAGCCAUGAGCGGCCUCGAUGCGGUCACCGGCCAGAAACCAGCACCGUCUGGUGAACGACGUGGUCCGCCUCCGAUGGCGGAGGGGAAGUAUUAUAACGCUGAUCGCGUUGUUCUUCGAAAUGUACUCUUGGAGGGAUUGGACGAUAGUAUCAGCUUUGGAAAGACGUUUGAAAGCUAUCGUGUCACCGGUGAUGGUGUCGAGGUGACGUUUACGGAUGGUACAAAGGAAACAGGAGCGAUCUUGGUCGGCGCCGACGGUACCAGAUCUCAUAUUCGUCGGCAGCUGAUGCCGAACUACACCGUCUUGGAUACUGAGUGCGGCGCUAUCUAUGGAAAGACAUUCAUCAAGCCCGAAACCCAAACUUCUAUGGCUAAAGAAUUCUUCGGUGGGAUAUGUCUUGCUGGAGAGAGCAGCAAGCCUGGACUCAAGCUCUUCACUGACACAAUGGAGUUUCCACAAGACCUGAGCUUCGACGAAAGGACCAAGUAUAGGGUUCCAGAUGACUACGUGUACUGGGUCCUAUGCAUCAACAGAACCAUGCUGGGAAUCGCAGCAGAAGACCUCAAUGCUGCGCAGUCUGUUGAGAUGACCAAGAGCUGGCAUCCUACCAUCCGAUCACUGCUACAGAACCAAGACCCGUCUGCAUCAUCGAUAUUAGCAUUCUUCGCUUCCUCUCCAGAGACAUUCAAGAGGGAGUGGGAUGAACUGGUCGAAAGUCCUGACUGUGCGGUAGUGACUUUGCUGGGCGAUGCAGCACACCCGAUGACACCUGUUGGAGGCGUUGGUGCCAACUCUGCGUUUCAGGAAGCAGCCGACUUGUGCAGCGUCAUUACCCGUGGCGAGGCACUUGAAGGCUAUGCCAAGUUGAUGACAGAGCGUGGUGAGAAGACGGUGGGACUUAGUGGUGGUGGUGCAGGACAUAUGUUUCAGAUGAAGCCAUUCUCUGAGCUGAAGGUGGCAUCUCCUUAA